AUGGCGAAAGACGCCCAGAAGCAGGUCCUCCGGAAGAAGCGGAAAAACACGGAACCUUUGUUAAAGAAAGAACCGAUCGCUGAUGACGAGGAUGUGAAGACCAACGGCCGUGUUUUUGACGAAUUCGACUCCAGUGACGAAGAGGACUUACGAAAUACCAUCGGCAAUAUUCCGGUACAAUGGUAUGACAACGAGGAACACAUUGGCUAUGAUCAAGAUGGGCAAAAGAUUGCAAAGCCAAAGAAGGCCGGCGAGAUCGACAUCUUUUUGCAGAAAAUGGAAGAUCCUGACUAUUGGAGAAAGGUCUUCGAUAGACAAAUUGGCCAGGACGUCACGCUGAGUGAAGAACAGAUCGGAAAAAUUCGCGCGUUGAUGAGCGGAAAGUUCCCGACAGUCGGAUACAACCCAUACGAGCCGCUUGUUGAGUACUACUCUUCAGUGCCCUCCAUCCAUCCGAUCGAUAAUACUCCGCUCUCAAAGGCUUCGUUCCUGCCGUCGAAAGAUGAGAUGCGCAUCGUCUCGAAGAUGGUGCAUGCCAUCAAAAUGGGAUGGAUGAAGACGGAGAAGACCCCAAAACAGACCGCACCCAAGGUUUAUGACCUAUGGGCCGGGGAGGAUGAGAAGAAGUCCAAGACGAAGAGCGAGAUGCACCGAAUCCGCAUGCAUAUGCCGGCGCCGAAGGUAACUCUGCCCACGCACGCCGAGUCCUACAAUCCACCGCAGGAAUAUUUGAUGACGGAGGAGGAGCGGAAAGCUUGGGAAGAACAGGAACCUGAAGAGAGACGCAUGGACUUCAUCCCCAAUAAAUUUGAUGCAUUGCGGAAGGUUCCUCAGUAUAGUCGUUUCGUGAAAGAGCGCUACGAGCGUUGCAUGGAUCUCUAUCUGGCACCGCGUCAAAGAAAACUCAAGCUGAACAUCGAGCAUCCGGAGCAGCUGCUCCCGGAUCUGCCAAACCCGAACGAUCUGAGGCCAUUCCCAACGACAUUGGCUUUCUUUAUGCGGGGACACACUGGCCAAGUGCGAGCUGUCAGCGUUGAGCCAGAGAAGGGUGAACUGUUGGCUUCUGGUGGACAAGACGGUACGGUGCGCAUCUGGCUGCUUGAUAAUGGGCGCAACAUCAAGACCUUUGAACUUGGCCAGCCGGUGCUUGGUGUGGCUUUCUGCCCGAACGCCUCGAGAACCCUAUUGGCUGUUUCUGUUGAGGGGAAGAAGGUAAUCUUGCUGAACACCGAGUGCGGCGACAAACUCCUCGUCUCGCAAACCAAGCAAUUUCUGAGCGAAUUGCCGAUCGGUAUUGAAGAAAGCGAAGCCCCAGUUACUUGGUCGAAAGAAAAGGGUCGUGUGGUUCUGGAAAUGAAUGCGGAGGUGCGCAAAGUCGUCUGGCACAAAAAGGGAGAUUAUUUGGCUACUGUCGGGAUCAUUGACCACGCUUCUUCAGUGGUCAUCCACCAGAUCAGCAAGGCCAAGAGCCAGUGUCCAUUCUCGAAGAAGAAGGGCCUCGUCCAAUCCGUGGCCUUCCACCCCACUCAGCCCCAGUUCUUCGUGGCUCUUCUGCGUCAUGUUCGCAUCUACGACUUGGCCAAAUGCCAGCUUCUCAAAAAGUGCACGACAAACAGCGGACAUCUGAGCGUUAUGAUCCCUGAUAAUUAUGGAGAUAACCUCUUUGUUGGUGGUCUCGAUCGGCGCUUCGCCUGGCUUGAUCUCCAAUUGUCGACUCGUCCCUGGAAGUCGUUGCGGCACCACAAAUCGGCCAUUCGAGGCAUUGCAUACCAUUCCAAAUAUCCGCUGCUUGCCACUGCCUCCGAUGACGGAACAACGCUUGUCUACUAUGCAAGAAUACACCACGAUACUUUCCGCGAUAAUGAAUUGGUGCCGGUCAAGCGACUUGGCGCCCAUAAGAAGGUCGAUGGGUUGGCCAUCCUUGACACUGUCUGGCAUCCAACGCAACCCUGGCUCAUCACGGCUGGUGCUGACGGAACGAUUGCUCUAUGGAGCUAU